AAGCUCACGUUACUUUUUGCCUUUUUCUCGUUUUAAUGACAGGUUGGCUUGAGCCCAAUGUACUCUCCCGAUAAUCUGAUGUUCAAGCGAACCCCGGCUUGACAAGGAACACUAGGGUACAGCUAAGAAUAGACAUAUGAAAAAUGCAACAUUGCACAUUGAAAUUCACAUAUCCAUUAGAGCACUAACCAUGUUCUUUCUCAAGACGUGGAGAGCAUCUGCAUUUGGAGUUUACGGGUACUUGAAUUUCACCAGAAAUGGAUUCUUGGAGCACUCCAAGAAAUUCCAACCAGAAGAUAUGCAAAUGCGGAUAGAGGGGAAGAACUGCAUAGUCACAGGAGCAAAUUCUGGCAUUGGCUUCGCAACUGCUGAGGGUCUUGCAUCACGUGGGGCAACUGUCUAUUUGGUGUGCCGUAACAAGGAGAGGGGAGAAGCUGCUCUUUCAAAAAUUCAGUCUUCAACAGGCAAUCAAAAUGUUCAUUUGGAGAUUUGCAAUCUUUCAUCCAUCAGUGAGAUCAAGUCAUUUGCAUCCAGAUUCUCUUCAAAGGAUGUUCCAGUUCAUGUUCUUGUCAACAAUGCUGGAGUGCUGGAGCAAAAACGAGUCACCACAUCUGAAGGAUUUGAGUUGAACUUUGCUGUAAAUGUAUUGGGCAAUUUUGCCACAACAGAAUUAAUGUUGCCUUUGCUGGAGAAAGCUGCACCUGAUGCUCGAGUCAUCACAAUUUCCUCUGGUGGAAUGUAUACUGCUCCCUUGACCAAUGAUCUGCAGAUGUCUAGUGAUGGAAAUUUUGAUGGGUUAGAGCAAUAUGCUAGGAACAAGCGAGUUCAGGUGGCACUAACAGAAAAGUGGGCUGACAUGUACAAGAACAAAGGGAUUGGGUUCUACUCAAUGCACCCAGGUUGGGCUGAGACACCUGGAGUAGCUAAGAGUUUACCUGGUUUUAACAAAAGGUCUUUCAUUUGUUGUCCUUUUCCCCAUUAUAAAUGUACUGCAGGUUUUCGGGAAAUCUCAGAACUAGUGAAGAGGGUGCAGACACAGUUAUAUGGUUGGCUUUACAGCCUAAAGAGAAGUUGGUAUCUGGUGGUUUCUACUUUGAUAGGGCUGAAGCACCUAAACACCUAAAGUUAGCAGUUACUAGCCAGUCUCAUGUGAUAAUAGACUCCAUCACUGACACUCUUCGUUCCAUGUUAGUCUCCUCUCCCGAAUAAAAAAUAUAGCUCCCUGUGAAGCAAUUGAGCCAAAACUGUUCCAAGGGAUCUCUUGGUGCCUUUAGCUGCUGCAUUAUGCCAUUACAUACAGUUUCUUGGUUAUUUAUUUUGUAAGUGUGUUCAUGGACAAGCAGUUUGUUUUAUGUUAUAACUCUGUCCCAUAUGUUGUUUAGUUUGGAAUGGGCACUGUGAAGGGAACUACAUCUUAAGUAAUGCUAUAGAGAAAAAUGAGGAAUCUUUGAUUCAGGUUUCCUCUCUUACUGAGAAA